AGCGCCGUCUCCGAUCAAAUUCGACAGGACGGUUUGUUCCACACUUUUUGCGGUACGCCCGCUUAUGUCGCUCCGGAGGUUUUGGCCCGGAAGGGCUACGAGGCCGUGAAGGUCGAUAUAUGGUCCUGCGGGGUUAUUCUGUUCGUUCUUAUGGCCGGUUAUUUGCCCUUCCACGAUCAGAACAUUAUGGCAAUGUAUAAGAAAAUUUACAAGGGCGAGUUCCGGUGUCCCAGAUGGUUCUCGCCGGAGCUAGUUCGACUCCUCUAUCGGCUUUUGGACACAAAUCCCGAAACCCGAAUCACAAUUCCUGAAAUCAUGGAGAAUAGAUGGUUCAAAAAGGGGUAUAAGCACAUCAAAUUCUACAUCGAAGACGAUAAGGUGUGUAGCGUGCAGGAGGACAACGACGACAUCGAUUCCUUAUCGGAUCAAUCGCAAUCGGAAUCCGAUUCCGAAAUUGAGUUUCGGAGAAAGACCGCUUCGCUCCCGAGACCGGCGAGUUUGAAUGCGUUCGAUAUUAUUUCGUUUUCGCCCGGAUUUGAUCUUUCCGGGUUGUUCGAGGACGGAGGGGAAGAGGCGAGAUUUGUGUCCGGCGCUCCGGUGUCGAAGAUUAUAUCUAAAUUGGAGGAAAUUGCGAAAUUGGUGAGUUUCACUGUGAGGAAGAAGGAUUGCAGGGUGAGUUUGGAGGGGUCGAUGGAAGGUGUGAAAGGGCCAUUGACGAUCGCGGCGGAGAUAUUUGAAUUGACGCCCAAAUUGGUGAUGGUGGAGGUGAAGAGGAAAGGGGGAGAUAAAGCAGAGUAUGAACACUUCUGUAAUGUGGAAUUGAAACCAGCACUACAGAAUUUGAAGAUGGAGGAGGACUCUGCUGCUGCUCCAGCUCCAGCUCCAGCUCCAUCACAUAUACCUUCAGAUACCGAAUAAUGAGAUUUUCAGAUAGAGAAAAGAGAGAAACCAGAAAAGAAAAAUUGGUACCCGAAUUUGCUCCACUCUCCUCCUCUGCUAUAACCAAAAACUCCAACCCCGUGUAUGAUAAUUUCUUCAUUUUUGUUUGUUUCUUUUGAGAUUCUCUUUUUUUUCUUCCUUUCCCAUCUUCUUCUCACUGUUCUUCUCUGUGGUUCCCUCUCUAGAGGGGAUUUGGAUUCAAUGCGGGAGAGAACAAAAAGAAUCGAAGAAAAAGGGGAAAAAAUGGUGAUUUUGAGAUGUUAAUAUGCAAUCAAUGUGUGGUAUAAUUUUGAAUUGACUUGGAGGUGGCUAGAUUAGAGUUGUGAGAGAGAGAGUAAAUAUAGAGGUGUAUAUGUACGAAGCCUGUGGAAAAAUAAGAAAGUCUUAUUCGAUUAUUGAUCCUUUUAA